AUAUAUGCUAGAUUACAUCCUGAGAUAUUCAAGCCUUGUUUGUUGUUUCUGUGUGUUUGAGCAAAAGCGCCACAAGAAAACAGUUUCCAAGGUGCCAACACAAAAUUGCGUGUUAACACGUGAUUUUAACACGUUUUUGCUCUAACGGCGUUCCAUACUCUCCCGAUCCGAUCAGGCAAACCGCUAUUAAAGUUGCAAGCCAUUGAAGCCAGAGCUUUAUUACAAUGGAUUAUUCGCUGUUACUAUACAGCCUUUGGGUUCCCUUUAUUCUGGCUGUUGAGGAGACUCUUAUGGACAGCAGGCGGGCUACUAAAGAGCUGGCGUGGACCACCUAUCCGGAAACCGGGUGGGAGGAAGUAAGUGGAUACGAUGAAGCCAUGAACCCUAUCAGGACAUACCAGGUCUGUAAUGUGAGGGAGUUAGAUCAAAACAACUGGCUGCGGACUGACUUCAUCCCCCGGCGAGGGGUCCUCCGCGUAUAUGUGGAGCUCAAGUUUUCAGUGCGAGACUGUGGCGGUAUCCCAAAUGUUACCGGGUCCUGUAAGGAGACCUUUAAUUUGUUCUACUAUGAAUCCGAUGGAGAUACGGCCACAGCAAGUAGCCCGCCUUGGAGGGAGAACCCCUAUGUAAAGGUAGACACCAUAGCCCCCGAUGAGAGAUUUUCUAUGCUGGAAUCAGGUAUCUUCAACACCAAAGUACGGAGCUUCGGGCCUCUUUCCAAAGCUGGUUUCUACCUGGCCUUCCAGGACCUGGGUGCCUGCAUGUCUCUUAUCUCCACUAGAGUCUUCUUUAAAAAGUGCCCGACUUCCAUCGUCAACUUCGCUGUCUUCCCCGAGACGGCCACUGGUGCUGAAGCCACUUCUCUAGUUAUCGCCGCAGGGGCCUGCGUGCCAAACGCCGUAGAGGAAUCGGUUCCUUUAAAGCUGUACUGUAAUGGAAAUGGAGAAUGGAUGGUUCCCGUGGGAGGGUGCACCUGCAUGCCAGGCUUUGAGCCGGCCAAUAAAAACACUCAAUGCCAGGAGAUACCUGAUAUUCGCAAUCCUACAAAGAUACCUGAUAUUCACAAUCUUACAGAGAUACCUGAUAUUCACAAUCAUUGUCAUCGUUGGAAUUCUACAUUUGGAGUCUUGGAGUUCAUUGGAGUUUUUGGACUGUGUCUGUAUGCUUGUGGCUUCUCUCUGGACUUUUCAAUAUAAUUCCUUCACCAUUGAAACUCCCCUGUGUGUUAAUAAACUGUGCAUUUAAGAUUAGUACUGUCUCCGUUGUCUUCUGUCCGCUGACACUCAACAACAGGGCAAGGGGCGGAGCAUUUUGGAAAACUGCACUAUUAUUAUUUUUGCUUGCUUAUUUUCUCGUGAUCACGACUUAAUUUCUCGUUAUCUCGAGAAACCAAAAGUUGUUUUCUCGUGAUCUUGACAUAACAAAAGUUGUAUUCUUGAGAUGUGAUAAAAUCUUACGUGUACUCGAUAGAACGUGUUGUUUUGUUUGUAAACAGCAAAAGCAUAUUUUGCUAAAUUAGUAUGGAUGAACAAAUGAGAUUUUACUUUUUUCAAUUAGAUUCACUCAAGCUGAAAUAGAUUUGUCAAUAUUUACAAUUUUACAGUGGUGAUUUUAGGGACCGUCUUUAAGUUACUCAAUACACGUUUCUACUUUUGACAGCAUUUAAAUGGAAUGACUAAAAGUCAACAAACAGUCACAAAACCAACGUGUUUAUGUGGUGUUUAGAUUGUUGAUAUUUAUUGAAAUAAACUGUUAAAUACUAUUGAAGAUAGAAACGUGUACAGUAUUACUUUAGAGAUGGUCCCUAAAUUCACGAGCAUGAACCGUCCAACUUUAUUUAUUUAGGAAAUCUAUCUACACAUAAGCUACACGUGUGGUAACGGCGAAGAUCCCAACUCAUAUACAUUAGCGGUCCACUUCAAAAUACACUAAAUAUUAUGGACAGGAAUUUACAUUAUGACAUUUGGAUUAUCAUGGAUUAUCAACAACUUUUGUUUUCUCGAGAUCAUGAGAAAAUUAAGUCGUGAUCACGAGAAAACAACUUUCGUUAUCCCGAGAUCACAAGAAAACAACUUUUGUUAUCUCGAGAUAAAGAGAAAUUAAGUUGUGAUCACGAGAAAAAAAAAUUUGUUAUCUCGAGAUCACGAAAAAACAAGCAAGCAAAAAUAAUGAAUCAAAAAUUUGAUUUAUGACCCUCUGUCAAUCAUGUUUUGACAGGUAGUGCCCCACUCCUAUUAAUCAAAAAGUUGUACGCGCUGUCCAAUUUUGAGUGAUGUUUUUAUGGGUUUUAGGCUACGGUCCGGAUGACCGUCAUUUAUAAUGUGUCAAUCAAGGAGCGCCAUUCCUUUUUGGGUCUGUUAGUUGUCGUGUGAUUGUUUGUCAUAUAAUAUAUGACAUAUAUGAUGAUGUAUUUUCUAUGUAACAUAUGUGCUCUAGUACCAGGCCUACC